AUGUUCGGUUUUAUACUUGUUGGGCUUUCUCUAGUAUCUAUGGUUAUUAAUCUUCUACAGGCUAAGAUGAAAAAGACCUAUGAAGCUGGACGCGUGACACACGAGGUCAGCAUCAUAGAAAAUGUACAAAUCAUUUCGUCUUCAACCGAGAAGCUUAAAUGUUCUUCAAGUCAUGAAGAGCCUAUGUCCAUGUCGGAACGCAGCCUUAGCAGAUCGACACAGACUAAUUUAAGUCUUCCCGGGGUGAGGCAGGUUAGUGCGCAUCUUCUCAAAGUUCCUAAAUGUUCUUCAUGUACAAAUUUUGUUAAAAUUAGUCAUCCAUUUGUCUAAUC